GUUGCGGUGCCAUCGAUAACAACAGCCUUGGCUUGCUAACGUUAUCGGGACAGCAUAUCUUACAUUAUUUUUCAAAUAUUUCCGCAUUAUCUCUUCAAGGUUUUGACUCGAAUGCUUUGUUGUGUUGUAAAUUGAGCAGAUCAGACUAUAAAGUCAACGAAUAACGCAAUCAAGUUAGACACCGUGCCCCUGGAACUCCACACUCACAGACUUUUGAAUCACAUCCAUGGAUCAGGACUAUGAGCGCCGGUUACUGCGGCAAAUCAAUGUCCAGAAUGACAACACCAGCCCCAUGAAAGUAAAAGAUGUGAUCUGUCACCUGACCCCCACCCCUGAGUCACCCCUGUCAUCACCCAGCAAGCACGGUGACAGAUUUAUACCGUCUCGAGCUGGAGCUAACUGGAGCAUCAACUUCCACAGAAUCAAUGAAAAUGAAAAGUCCCCAAGCCAGAAUAAAAAAACCAAAGAUGCAACAUCAGAUACUGGCAAAGCGGAUGGCUUGGCUUAUUCUGCCCUGCUGAAAAAUGAGUUGCUUGGAGCUGGGAUUGAGAAGGUUCUGGAUCCUCAAACAGAAGAUAGGAGGCUGCAGCCCUCCACACCAGAGAGGAGGAGCCUCUUUAGUUAUUCUCUUAGUGCCAAGAGAUUCACGCCUGAUGAUAACAGUGUUUCUCCAUACUCCCUCUCGCCUGUUAGCAGCAAAAGUCAGAAGUUGCUGCGGUCACCUAGGAAACCCACUCGCAAAAUUUCAAAAAUUCCAUUUAAGGUUCUAGAUGCACCCGAGUUACAAGAUGAUUUCUACCUCAACUUAGUGGACUGGUCAUCCUUAAACGUUCUCAGUGUUGGUCUGGGGACUUGUGUUUACCUUUGGAGUGCCUGCACUAGUCAAGUUACACGACUAUGUGAUCUAUCAGUAGAGGGAGAUUCAGUCACAUCGGUGGGGUGGUCUGAGAGAGGUAAUCUUGUUGCUGUGGGUACACACAAAGGCUUUGUACAAAUUUGGGAUGCUACUGCUGGUAAAAAACUGUUUGCCUUGGAGGGACACACAGCAAGAGUUGGUGCAUUGGCCUGGAAUGCAGAUCAGCUGUCAUCAGGCAGCCGUGACCGAAUGAUCCUUCAGAGAGACAUAAGGACACCACCUCUGCAGUCAGAGCGCAGGCUGCAGGGCCAUAGGCAAGAGGUCUGCGGACUGAAGUGGAGCACUGACCAUCAGCUGCUGGCCUCUGGAGGAAAUGACAAUAAGCUGUUGGUGUGGAACCACUCCAGCGUGUUACCAAUGCAGCAGUACACGGAGCAUCUGGCCGCAGUGAAGGCCAUCGCCUGGUCUCCUCAUCAGCAUGGGCUGCUAGCCUCUGGAGGGGGAACUGCAGACCGCUGCAUCCGCUUCUGGAACACUCUCACAGCACAACCGCUGCAGUGUAUUGACACAGGGUCACAGGUCUGCAACCUGGCCUGGUCCAAACACACCAAUGAACUGGUGAGCACACAUGGUUACUCUCAGAAUCAGAUCCUUGUGUGGAAAUACCCGUCGCUCACUCAAGUAGCCAAAUUAACCGGCCACUCUUACAGGGUGCUCUACCUGGCGAUGUCUCCAGACGGGGAGGCGAUAGUGACAGGGGCAGGUGAUGAAACUCUGCGCUUUUGGAAUGUAUUUAGUAAAACACGAUCAACAAAGGAAUCUGUGUCAGUUUUAAACCUGUUCACCAGAAUACGAUAAUUGGACUGCUAGAAAGGAUUUCAUUGUUAUAUCAUAUCCAUGUCACUGUUCACAUGCAGUAGACCGGUCAACAACAAAAAAAAGACAGCACAACUAAAGGAUCUACUGCUAUCUUUGGACAUUUUUGAUUCUCCUCUGCAUUGACAUUUCAUUUUAAGUUCAGAUGUUAUCUUUACUUUUAUGUGUACAGUUCUGUUCCUGAUUUUAUGUGUUUUGUUUUUGGUUACAAAGAAGUCUGUAUUAUGAACGUCUUAUCCAAGCCUUAAGCCAGAAACAAUGCCAUUGAAUCAGGGUGUAAAGAAAAGAGAAAAAAACAGCCAUUGUGAAACAGCUGCCUCUUGAAUAAUUUGAGUGGGCAUUUGAUUGUGAGGGUGAAAAAAAUUCUCUUUUUAACUCAAGUUGCAUAAGAUUGAUAUGAAGUAUUAUAAAACACCCUGAAAGACGA